AUGUGCUGCACUAAGAUCGUUGGCAAAGCCGAUUCCAAGACUUUAAAUCUAGCCUUCUCCGAUCUAAAUUUUUGCCAAUAUGCUUCCCGCGCGGCAUCAUCUUGCAAAUCUAACCAUGUCCCAAGAAACCUAAGACUUGAGACCCGUCGUUUCUUUUUAAGUCUGUUGCUGAAAUUCCUUCUCAUAGGCAACGAUUUAAGUGGUGAAUAG